GAUGCUCGAUUGAUAAGCGCUCUAUUUGUAAUGUCUUGUUUCAAAGGGUUGCUUAAUCUGUCACUAAACGUUUUAUUAUUUGGAUUAGUGCUAUAAAGCAUUUGAAAGUAUUCUGGAAUGCAUUGUAACGUAUGCUAAAAUUAAUUCACGGCAAAUGCAGUGUUACAAUUUUAAACAAAGAAUUACAGAUAAAUGGAACGCAAUUUUAUUAAUCCCAGGAAUUAGUAGUUGUAGACGCCGGUUACCACGCACAUGUAAAGUGUAUUUCAUUGUGAAAGAAGUCUUAAAAUGGCCCAUUAUGACACCAAGUUGCUGUGCCAGAGCUGACCUCUGCAUUUCGACCUAACAGCAGAUGUAGAGUGCUGUGACUGACAGUUUCAAGUAUGUGUAGUCUUAAACGCCACCACAGCCAAAGUUCUCUAGAUGAAAGUAAAUCCAAACGAAAAUGCCGUUGUUCAUCUGUGGAAAAGGAUAAGACCCAUGCUCAAACAGAAAAGUUUAAGGAUAUUCCAAGUAUUUCAUUUGUAUCAUCUGCAACUUGCUGUGCAGUCAGCCACAAGCAAAUUUAUGAACUUUUGAAGUAUGCUGCUUUGGGAAGGUGUAAUGGAGCUACUCAGCCAAGUUGGUGUCGUAUCCAUCACCAGAAAUAUUUGUCUUCCACUGUGGUAAUCGUGCUGCAUGGAAUAAAUCAGCUGCAUUUUUACAGAUUCUAUCUGCAGUUCAGACAUCUCAGGAAAGCAUUCAGACAUAGACUCAGCUUACUACCAUCUCCUUCAUCUGAUAUUAUCACCACCAUACUGGGGGAAAAUUACAUCAGUAUUUCAAGGAAAACUACAAGAAGCGGUGAACAGAAUACUGAUAUCCAAGCCUGUUCCAGUGCUACGGUUGCGAAUGAGUCUUCUGACAGUCCAGGAACAACUAUAAUCUCAAACAGUGAUCCCAUAGUUCAGAAAUAUGGUGCUGAGAAACAAGGCCUAACCAGUUACUUGGUUUCUGAGGAAGAAAUGAAACAAUAUAAGUACCCAUUAACAGACUGUCCUGGUUUUGAAGACUUUAUUCAUACUGGCUGCACAGGCCCAGUGACUGAUAACAGUCCACUGUUUGGUUUGGAUUGUGAAAUGUGUCUGACAGAAAAUGGGAGCGAACUUGCACGUAUUUCUGUGGUAGAUGCUGGUGGAUGUUGCGUAAUGGAUGAGCUGGUGAAACCAAAAGCCAGAAUUAUUAAUUAUCUUACCAGGUUUUCAGGCAUUACUCGGAAGAUGUUGCGUCAUGUAAAAACACGAUUAAAAGAUGUCCAGGACAGACUAAAACAGUUGCUUCCUACUGAUGCAGUACUAGUAGGACAUUCUUUAGAAAAUGAUCUAAGGGCUUUGCAGAUGAUCCAUCACAAUAUUAUUGAUACCUCACUGCUUUAUCCAAGAGAGCUGGGUCAAAAGUUUAAGUUGAAGUUUCUGGCACAAGCUGUUCUGGGAAAAGUGAUACAGUGUCGGAAGGAAGUUGGUCAUGAUCCAUCAGAGGAUGCCCGAGCUGCACUACAACUGGCUCAGUUCUUCAUUAGCCAAGGACCCUGGAAAGUUGCAGAGCUGAACCUGGAAGACACUGUGCAGAGACAAGUAAUGAAUGGUCGUCGUCCAACACUGCUUGCUAAAUCACAUCAUCAAGGCCCAUUGAUUGUGCAAGAAGGGUCAUCGUUGCAACAGAAUAUUAUAGCUCCUAUGAACAAGACUGAAGUUUUAAAUGGAUCUGACCUCAUAUUUGACAAUCUUCAAGAUGCAGUUGGUUCUGCUGGCAAAGCAACAGUAUUUGUUGGUAGGAAAGAACAUUUUACAGAAAUGAAACAAGUAACGUUUAGGAGAAGUGUUCAGUGUACGUCUGACCAAGAGGUUCUAAAGACAGCCAAGCAAGAAGUGCCUUCUGCUGCAUUUAGUGUGGUCCAGUUCUCUGCUUUUUCUGAAUCCUCUACUCUCUCAAUUGACAAUGAGAUAGCAUGCCAUCUGAAUGAGAUGUGUGUGGUGUAUGUUGGCCCAUUCAGGGAAGAUUUUUGCCUUGCAUCUGUGAAGAAAAUUGUGAAAGCCUGUGGGCCCAUUGAGUCUGUCAGCAUUAUUCCUAACACAGAAAAGCUACAUGUUUGUGUGCAGUAUGAAGUGCUUGAAGGAGCAGAACUAGCCAUAGAAGUGCUGAAUGGGCUGGAGGUAGAAGGCGUUCCCAUAAAGGUUCAAAGACCAGUUAAAGAAACAACAUUAGACAAUGAAAAUAUCUUGCUGGAGCUAGAGAAAGAUGUGGUAAACAAAAAUGCAAUAUAUGUCACUGGAAUAAAGAAGAAUUCUACAGAAAAUGAUGUGGUGAAGCACUUCAGUCAUUUUGGGCAGCUUGAAGCAGUCAUUUACCCUAAGGAUGCAAAAACUGGAAAAUACAAGAAAUAUUGUUUUAUAAAAUACCAGAACAGUGAAAGCUGUGAAAAUGCACUUCAGUGGUGUGCUUCUCCAACUGGAUGUGGAGUGCUGCGUAAGAGAAUGAAGAAAAGGAGAGCUCUUACUCCAGGCCACCUUCAAGCAUGGAUUAAUUUGACCCAUUACAGUACUGUAGGAGCUGCCUCAUGGGAUGCAGAAGUGAAACACACUCCGGUGUCCAUUAGGACAGAUGAAUCUCCACACACUACUGAGAAAGAGCUUAAGGAUUUAGCGAAACUUGUGGACAAAAAGGUGAAGAAACUGUACAAGUCCCUGCCAAAUGAAACACUGUGCCUUGUCCUUUUGCCAGGAACGGAGAGCUGCCAAGGCUUCAUGCCUGGAAUGUGCUUAUUAGGAAUAAAGGAAGAUGAAUCUUGAACAGCUUUCUGUUCUGGUAAAGAGGGUUUGAGACAACAUCUGCACAUUUGGAUAUAACGAUGGAACAUUUUUGUACUUGCAUUUCAAGUUAUGAUGUGCUUGGAGAAUCUCUUAUACAAGUCCAUAUGGGCAGCACAAGUGUCCCACACACACACACUGUGCUGUGCUAAGUGGCCUUUGGCAUAAUUAUGGAAUAUAUGUCUGCAAUCCAGCUUUUGUGCAGAGAUUCAUUUUUAUACGUUUAUUUUGAAGACUUGUGAAAGAAACGCAUGUGUGCUGUCAGAAGUUGUUAUUUUAGAUUUUUUUUUUAACCUAAAAUACAUUUUUAUAUCCAGUAUUUAUUAUUGGUGGCAUUUGUGCAAAUAUAUUGUCAUUUAAAAUUA